AUGGAGCGUCGUCGCUUUAACAUGAGCAGCAUGUCACCCAUGGCGGAUUCCACGCGGAUCGACGCGUCGCUGAUAAGCAAUCGUCCGGCGGCCAAUUUCCUGAGGGGACUGAGUCCCAAGUCGAAUACCUCGCUCAAUGGCACACGCACUCCGGAGCGGUCCUUGAUGAAUUGCUCUGUCUCAUCGUCCAGCUCCAUGUCGCGACAGAAACUGAACCGCAGUCAGGUCGAUCCCAGAACAUUUGCCGAAGUGCACAGCAGCGGACUGUCAUCCCGGAUCGUGGCCUUAAGCGAACGCAGUGGUCUGCAGCGCAGCAUGUCCGCCAGCAAUCUGUACAAUCCCAUGACGCAGCCGCGCAGAGCGCCCGCUUCCCCGUUGCCCUACAAGUCAAGGGCGCCGACACUUUCGAUCACGCAGAUUGCACCACCGGAGCGCAGCUUUUAUUCCGGCAACACGCUGUCAAGCCUGUUGCGAUCCAACUCCUUGGUAGGGUUAGUGCAAAAAACCAGCGAACAGGAGCAGCUUUCGAGAGAGAAUCGACCCAUAUUGCACCCACCUCAUCCACAGCAUGAGAGCGAGCCAACUAGAAGCGUGCUGGAGGAGCUUAAGGAGAUCUCGCGAAAGCGCAUCAACACUGGAGAUACGCAACAUGCUCAAGACAACACGAAAAGGAGUUGCCAGCGAAGCUUUGACUUUGUGGACCAUCACCGUCAUCAACAGCAACUACAUCAUAUGCAGCAACAGCAGAAUCAGUCCUUUAAAAGGCAACGAGAGCUGACGGUAUCGGUUCCGCUUAGGCAUCAUUCGACAUCUUUGUCGGCUGCUCCUCCUGCAUUGCAGCAUAUGCACUCGAAUGGAAACAUCUCCCCAACUCAAUCUCCGGAGCAGGUGGCCAAACGGCGCAAUUGUAGCUACAGCAACGACAUCGCUUCCUCGCUGAGUUCCAGUUUCCGUCACAGCAACAAGAGGAAGCUGUUGGACAUGCGAGAAAGGUUUCAGCACAGCAAAAACGACACACUAGCUAGUGGAGGAAGCUCGCCUGAGAACUCGCCCGAAAAUGUGGCCAAAAUUCAACGUAAAGUUAAUGCAGAAGCUGUUAGCAAAUCAGUGAGCAUGCCCGUCGUUGCUGUGGCGGCAGUUCCUGCUUCACGAACCAUUUCGGCACCUGCGAUUCAAAAGGCAGUUCCGCAGGUGACGGAAAAACCUAAGCUUACACUCUUCAAUGCGCGACAAUCUCAAACGCAAGCGGAACAGCCGCGGCACGAUUUGAGUAGCCCGGAAGUAGAUGCCGGCGAAUAUGCAGGCAUUCAGUUCGUAAAGCCUAAGCAGCAAAAUUCCAUGCUGGCCGCCAAGAAUCCUAGCUUAGAACGCACUCACAAGACCAAACUAGCCAUUAUGCUAAGUGGAUUGAAGGGCGAACUGUACCAAGGUGAGCCGGACGAACUAGAUGCCCCAGCGCCAAAGUCAGCGACAUCGCCUGCAACGCUUCCUACUCCCAUCAAGCCCAUCAUCAUAGCUCCUGUAACCGCAUCCACAACGGUCGUUAUUUCCACCGCAACCAUAUCAACUGCGCCCAGCAAGCCGGUAAUACUAAGUAACCAGGUUAUAAAGCCGGCAGAUGUGCCAAAUACGAUUAGCACUGGCUCAGUGCCCAAACUUGUGCUUGGUCAGCCUGCGGCGCCCGCUAAAACGGAACAAACGCCACCAAAACCCAUCGACAAGGUCCCGGCAGGACAAGCAGAUAUCCCAGCCAAGUUUGAGCUAUCAACCAAACCCACUCCAGCAACAUCAGCUCAACCACUAAUCAGUUUUGGCACACCGAAAUCCACAGCCGCACCAUCAUUCUUAUUUGGAACUGCAACCAAUACCUCUAGUAGCACUACUACCAAUACUACCAAUACUACCACAUCAAAGCCCAUAUUCUCGUUCGGACAAACGCCUGCCAAUGGUCCCACAGUAGGCGGCCUUUCUGUAUUCAAAACUGACACACCGGCAACAACUUCGGUUAGCACAACUAAUCCUGGGACACCGGUUACAUCUACAACUACUUUCGGAGUGACACCACCCAAAACGACGACUACAGUUGCUCCGACUACAACUGUUUCGCUAAGUUUCGGCCAGCCGAAUUCAGCAACUUUAGUCGCCACCAGUAAGAGCACCACAACAGCCACGAUGUCAUCAUUUGAAGCAGCAAACACAGCGGUGAAACCGAUGUUUUCCUUUGGUAAAUCGAACAAUUUAAGUUCAGGAACUCCGACAACCAAAGAAUCCGAUGCAGCUGCCGCCAAGCCCGCCCUAUUCAGUUUUGGAGGUACCACCACUCAGCCAGCUGCAGCUGCAGCUGCACCGACACCGACACCGGUAUUCGGAAGUCUAUCAAAACCCCUAGCCGGAGGUUUUGCAUCGCCCGGGGCAAACAAAUCUGAGACAACUAAGCCUGGCAUCUUUGGCAAUUUGGACAACGGACUUGGAAACGCAAUGAAGCCCCCAGCUAAUGUAGCAGCCACAACCGCCGCCGAGCUUCCCAAGCCAUUUGGCUUCGCAGCUACAACAACCGUUGCUGGCGGAGGAUCAACUGCCACAAAUCUCUUUGCCUUUGGAGGGACGGCCACUUCAAAGGCAGCGGAACCAGCUCCACCUAGCCAAAAAAACCUUUUUGGACAAAAUGCAACCACAACUACACCCUUUGCAUUCGGAGGAGCAGCAGCAGCCAUCGCAGGUAAAAGUGAAAAUAAGGACAAAAAACCAUUUGAAUUUGGCGGAGGUGACAACAACGCGGUAGCCAAGCCAAGUGGAGUAUUCAGCUUUGGUGGCACGGACAAGAGUGCACCACCAGCCUUUGGCAGCGGAACAACAUCGGUAACAUCUGCCACAGCAACACCGACAAACAACACUUUUGGGUUUGGCACGGCUCAGAAGCCUGCAACACCCAUGUUCGGAAGUGGAUCAACGCAACAGUCUUCGACACCGGCAGUGGCGGCCACUAAACCUUUUACAUUUGGUGGUAGGGCUCCACAGGCUCCUACUACACCGUCAGCAUCUCCAGCUUCUGGAGGAUUCUCGUUUUCCGCCGUUGCGGCCAAAAAUACUACGGCGCCAACAGCAGAAACAAAUAUGUUUGGCAGCCCCGCCAGCGCCAGCAAGCCAAGCUUUAACUUUGGAGGAAACACCGCCACCCAGGCGGCGGCAGCAGGAUCACCAGCUGGUGGCUUUUCAUUCGCCGCGGCCAUUAAGAAGGAAGAUCCUGCAAGCACCAAUAUGUUUGGAAGCCCCAACACCGGAGUGGUGAAGCCAAACUUUGGCUUUUCAAGCACCAAUCCAACCCCAGCCCCUACCUUUGGCGGAUUCGGUGCUCCAGCAGCGGCUGCACCAACAGCAACUUCAACUAAUCAGAGCAAGCCCUUUGCAUUUGGGGCUAGCACUCCGGCUGCUGCCCCCAGCGCAGCGCCCUUGGGCGGCAAUCUGUUUGCCAACGCAGUGUCUGCUACCCAAAACCAAACGAAGCCGCCAGGAGUCUUCUCAUUUGGUACGGCUAAGAGCACCGCCGGCACCACAGCCGGCAAUGCCCCCUUCUCGUUUGGAGGCGCAUCUGCUGGCGGCAUCGCCUCGCCGCCCAGCAAUCAGGGCUUAAAUACCGCAAAGCCAUUCAGCUUUGGUGGCGCUGGCGGCACUCCAGCCCCGAAUGUCUUUGGGAGCCCAGCCCCUGCUCCGCCAGCAAGCAAUCCAGCCGGGGGCUUCAACUUCGGCGGCGCCAGUCCGGCCCAGCAGGCGAAUGCCGGCAACAUGUUUGCCCCCCCCACACCGGAGGGUCGUCUGAUACGAAAGGCCACUAGGCGGCUGCAGAAAUAAGUCCGCUUCAAAAGUAGCUCAAGAGAUUGCUAGUUAAAUCAUUACAUUUACCGAAAAGGGAAUGACUAAAAACAAGUAGUAGUCAGUCCGCUUUUGUAAUAUAUAAAUAUUAAUCGACUCUGGUUCGUUCUGUGAAAUGUAAUUGACAGACUUCUCCUUAAAUUGUCACUAAAGGAUAGCUAAAUAAUAAAAAAUAAUUUAUAACUAUUAUAAGGAACGCAAAAAAGCAAAUAAAUGUUAUUGAAUCGAA